AUGGUUAGUAAGUUUUAUGAUAUACCUGGAUCUCAUAGACCCACCUACAGAACUCCUUGCACAGAAUCUUCUUCUUUACUUUCUUCAAGGAGAGAAAGUGAAACAUAUUUUAGUUAUCAAGCAACCCCAAGGAGCCGAAAGAUAUCAUCCAAAUAUGAUUUGACAAAUCCAGAUAGAGAUAAAUUGGGUACAUAUGAUGGUGUAUUUAUUCCUACCGCCUUAAAUGUCCUUUCUAUUAUAAUGUUUUUAAGGUUUGGAUUCAUUUUAGGUCAAUUGGGUAUCAUCUGUACUCUAAUUCUACUUCUGUUAAGCUAUCUAAUAAAUCUGCUUACUACACUAAGUAUAUCCGCAAUUUCAACAAAUGGAACUGUCAGAGGUGGAGGUGCAUAUUAUAUGAUUUCAAGAUGUUUGGGACCUGAAUUUGGUGGCUCUAUUGGAUUAGUAUUUUUUCUAGGCCAAGUAUUUAAUAGUGGUAUGAACGCUGUUGGUAUUGUGGAACCAAUUCUUUAUAAUCUAGGCGCUCCAACUGUUGGAACAAAUAGAUCUGUUGGUCUACUUUAUCCUCUUUUGCCAAACGGGGAAUGGUAUGAAUUUUUUUAUGCUACUAUAGUAUUAUUUAUAUGCUUAUCAAUUGCAAUAAUAGGUCCACAAACUGUAUCAAAAGCAGGUAGUCUAUUAUUCUUCAUAUUAUUUGCUUCGAUUAUAUCUAUACCAAUAUCCACUUUAACAAAAAAUGCAUUCAAUAAUGGAUAUAUCGAAUAUACAGGCCUAUCCUUAUCAACAUUCAAAAGCAAUUUAUUCCCACAUUUUACUAAAGGUGCAGUAGGGUCUCUUCGAUCGGGUAAAGAGUCGUUUUACAGCCUUUUUGGUAUAUUCUUCCCUGCUACUGCUGGUAUAUUUGCAGGUGCUGGUAUGUCUAGUGAAUUACGGAAACCAUCAAAGUCUAUUCCAAAAGGUACAUUAUGGGGUCUAUUGUUUACUUUUAUGUGUUAUUCUGUAGUUGUUAUAUUUAUGGCUUUUUCAAUACCAAGGGAAUCUUUCUACAAAGAAGUUCAAAUUAUUCAGUCCGUUAGUUCUGUUCAAUGGCUUAUCUUUUUGGGUGAAUUAUCGACUUCAUUAUUCUCUAUCAUUGUAGGUAUGGUUGGUGCUGCGUAUGUUCUUGAGGCAAUUGCAAAAGAUGCUAUUUUACCAGGAUUAGUCAUUUUUAGUAAUAAUUCUAGAAUUUCGCUGUUGUUUACUUGGUUUUUAACACAAUUAUGUUUAUUUUCAGAUGUAAAUAAAAUUGCAUCGUUAAUUACAAUGACAUUUUUAUUAACUUUCAUUGUAAUGAACUUAGCUUGUUUUCUAUUAGAAAUAGCUGCAGCGCCUAAUUUCAGACCCUCCUUCAAAUAUUUUAAUAGAUAUACUGCAUUUUCUGGUGGUGUCAUAUCUGUAAUUUCAAUGAUAAUUGUAGAUGGAUCAACCGCGUCUGCUUUAAUUUUUGGUAUAAUGAUUCUAUUUUUAAUAAUUCAUUACCUAUGUCCACCAAAACCAUGGGGUGACGUUUCUCAAAGUCUCAUUUAUCAUCAAGUUAGAAAAUAUUUAUUAAGAUUAAAACAAGAUAACAUUAAAUAUUGGAGGCCUCAAAUUUUACUAUUUGUAGACAAUCCCCGUACCAGCUGGAAUUUAAUUAGAUUUUGUAAUCAUUUGAAAAAGGGUGGUCUUUACAUAUUAGGGCACGUCGUCGUAAUGCCUGAUUUCCAAACACAAUAUAAUGAAAUUAAACAACAACAAAAUGCAUGGAUUAAGAUUAGAGAUAUGACUAAAAUAAAAGCGUUUGUGCAAGUUGGAAUGGGUCCUUCCAUUUCAUGGGGCAUACGAAAUGUAUUUUUAGGUUCUGGUCUGGGAGGUAUGAAACCAAAUAUUACUGUCAUUGGAUUCUUUGACCUUCAUUCUGAGCAUAUCAAUGACCAAUUCUCAGCAAAACAUAACCCUAAUUUAAAUAAUGUCUUAAUCGACAUUCCUGAAUAUUAUAGCGAAUUACCUACUGACUCUUGUGAAAAUAAUAAAAAGAUCAAUGUAUGCCAGUGGGUACAGAUUUUGGAAGAUUUGUCAUUAAUGCAAUCAAAUAUUGCCGUAGCACAUGGCUUCAAAUAUUUAAAUAUACCCUCGAAGAAUUUUGUAAAAAAUGAUUCAGAGAAACGUAGAAUCGAUUUAUAUCCAAUUCAAAUGUGUGCAACAAUGAACUCAAAUAGUAAGUAUCCAACAAUAACCACUUCCAACUUUGAUACACAUACUUUGAUGUUACAAUUAGGUGCAAUCUUGGUCACAGUUCCAGAAUGGAAAAAGUCACAUAUAUUACGUGUGAUUUUAUUCGUAGAAAGAGAAGUUGAUAGAGUUAUGGAAGUCGAACGUAUGACAAAAUUGUUACAAAUUUUAAGAAUUGAAGCAACUUUAGUGGUAGUAUCACUAGACCAAUUCCGUGUGUAUAACACUAUUGUAAAAGGUGAUUCCAUAUCUUUGGCUUAUGUUCAAAAUAGAUUGAAAAAUAACCAAUGGUGGUGUGAAUUGACUGAAGCAAGAAGAACUUUUGAACCAAAACGCCGUUUUUCUGUAAAUACAUCUGUUAACAUGGAACACAAAAAAGUGAAAUCUAAAAAAUACGAUUUAUCUCAAUUACAAAAAAUGGGUGUAUCAUUUAAGAUGAGUGCCAUAAUACCUACUGAUGUACCUGCUACCCCUGCGAUCAGCGACAUUUCCAGUGAUGAUGAUACUUCUAUUAACGGGUCUCAAUUAUCUAUAAGUCAAAUUACGUCCAUAUUACAUAAGGUAGAUUUAAAAAAGAAAUAUUUUAUGCCAAACAAGCAUACGUACAAAGCCAAAUCCUCAAGUAAUCUUAAACCAGUUUUUUCAAGCAAUGCUUUACCAAAUACUAGAGUUCUAGAGGAUGGAACAGGAGAUAAACCUACAAUCGUACCAGUCACAGAGGAUGGCAGAGGCAAUCUAUCACCAAAAAGCCCCAUAGUUCCUGAUUUAUCUCCAUGUAAUUCUGAUGCCAGUUUAAUUGAAGCAAUGAACAAUAUUAAAUUCGAUGAUUUACCAAGUCGGGCACAGUAUUUAAUUUUAAAUGAUAUGAUGGUUCAGUUGUCUCGAAAUUCUGCCUUAAUUUUUUCUACUCUACCUAUUCCACCAUUGGGAACUCACAAAAAUGAGGAAGAUAGUCUUGAAUAUGUAAAGGAUAUUGAUAUAUGGUUAGAAAGGUUGCCACCAACCAUGCUAAUUAACUCACAAACCAUGACUGUUACAACUGCAUUAUAA